AUGGAAAAUGAGAAGGAAGAAGCGAUUGGCUUGUUUACAAACAAAUUUUUAGCUUCAUAUUUUGUUGAAUUUCUCAUUUUUCUCACUUCGCACUUUGCUGAAUUGACAGUAGAAAAGUUGAAAAAAGAUGGCGCUAAAUUUAGCAUAUGCAAAAUUUAUUUGACAUUUCAAUCAACUUGUCCAUUUGAAUACGAUGGUCCUUCUAUCAACUUAUCAUCAUAUCAUAUCAUAAACAUAUCAUGUUGGAUCGGCUUGAUUUAUUUCGUGCCUAGUUUUUUUUUUUUUGUCUCAAUAGAAAGUGAGCCAAGUGAUAUUUCAAGUGAUAAUGAUGAAGUGGAAUCAGAGCACUCUGAAGAUGAGAAAUAA